AUGUGUGAUUAUCAAUCCGCUGCUGAAGGUGCUAGAAUCUCUGGUGCUGGUAGGAUCAUUGGUGUUGAUCUCAACCUCAAGAGAUUCGAAGAAGCGAAGAAAUUUGGUGUGACCGAGUUUGUAAACCCUAGAGAGCAUGACAAACCGGUUCAACAAGUGAUCGCUGAGAUGACAGACGGUGGUGUUGACCGGAGUGUGGAGUGUACCGGUAACAUACAAGCCAUGAUUCAAGCUUUAGAAUGUGUUCAUGAUGGUUGGGGUGUUGCGGUGUUGGUGGGUGUGCCAAGCAAAGACGAUGCUUUCAAGACUCAUCCGAUGAACUUUCUGAAUGAGAGGACUCUCAAGGGUACUUUCUUUGGUAACUACAAGCCCAAAAAUGAUAUUCCCGGGGUUGUCGAGAAAUACAUGAACGGGCUUUGGUUCCUUCUUUGGACCUUCUCAGAUCUUAUUGCUUCAGGAGUAUCAGAAGAUAGCAAAUCAUUGUUAGAAGAUGAGCGUCUGGCUUCUAAAAUGCUUAACUUGAUCCCAACUAUAAGGUCAGCAAUGGAACUGAGCACCACAGGUUAUGACAAGGAGAAAUUGCAAGAAAGGUUGGCGAAGCUCUCUGGAGUUGUUGCAGUUUUGAAGAUUGGAGGAGCAAGUGACGCUGAAGUUGGUGAUAAGAAAGACAGGGUGACAUAUGCUUUGAAUGCCACGAAAGCAGCUGUUGAAGAGGGUAUUUUGCCAGGAGGAGGUGUGGCUCUUCUAUACGCACGAGAUAUUUGGAAAAACUUCCAACAGCCAACUUUGACCAGAAGAUUGUUGUGCAGAUCAUUCAGAACCCAUUGA